UGACAGAAAAGUAAGUCAUUGCAAAGAGAGGAAGGAGAGAAGGAAAGAGAAAAGGACUUGUUUUGGAAUAUUCUUUUGGAAAAUAUCUCAUGAAUAUUCACUCUAUAGAAUUAUGAAUUAUGAAUUGCAUAUAACCAGUUGAAGAUGGGAAUAUAGCUCCUGGUUCUGUGUAGUAUUUGUUUAACCAGUUGGAGUGUUUUCAUCUGGACCUGCUGCAGAUAGAGGAUGGGAGCUUUUAACAUCUGCCUUACACUAUUUUUCCUCGCCUCCAAUCCUGUGCAAACUCAGUGGUUGUCUUUCUGGUGGGUAAAACCAACGACCACCACUGUUCCUCCUACCUUGACUUCUCCCGCCGUCACCUCCAAGGAACCUUCCACGACCCAGGGGACACCUUCAGAGUGGGGAGUGGGAAAAGUGGACAUAAUAACUGCAAAUGAUGUGGAGAGCACUCAGUUAGAGGGGUCUAUGCUGUCCUCUACACCACACAGCUCAGUGGAUUUAGAUUCCCUCACCACUAUGAAAACGUUAACAUUGUCUCCUGCUGGGAACCCAAGUGGAAGUAACAGAGGCUGGUUCAAGAAGAAACCACUGAAACAAUGGAAGAGUGACAAUGGCUCAGGAAAUCAUCUGGACCUGAUGGAUUUGAUCGGUAUCCCUCUCCCUCCUGCUGUCUCCUUCACCCCUGGAUUUGAAGCAUUCCCAGCCUACAGCUUUGGAAGCGAAGCCAACGUUGGCCGACUCACGAGAUCCUUUGUGCCCGGACCUUUCUACAGGGACUUUGCCAUUAUUAUCACGGUGCGUCCAGCAAAUCAGAGAGGAGGCGUUCUUUUUGCCUUCACAGAUGCUCAUCAGAAGGUUGUGGAGCUCGGUUUGGCCCUCACUGCAGUUCAUAAAGGCCUCCAGAGCAUCUUAUUGUACUACACUGACAAAGAACAGGCCUCUCAUAGCCACAAAGCUGCUGCUUUCAGUGUCCCAGACAUGACUGGGCAGUGGACACGGUUCACGUUGGCGGUGGAGCAUAAUGAAGUGCGUCUUUACAUGGACUGUGGUGAAGCUAAGUUGGUGACUUUCCAGCGGAGCCCAGAGAGACUCACCUUUUCACACAACUCGGGCAUAUUUGUUGCAAAUGCAGGAAGCACAGGGCUUCAAAAGUUUGAGGGAUUUAUUCAGCAGCUGGUCAUAAAGGACGAUCCUAGAGCAACAGAGGAGCAGUGUGAGGAGGACGAUCCAUAUGCCUCUGGGUACGGAAGCGGAGAUGAUACUUUGGAUGACAGAGAGACAGAGGAGGACUUCAGGAAAAAGGACGAUGGAGUGGAAGGGCUGGGACAGCACAGCUUCCCUGUCAUAGCCCCGCCCACUGUGGUACCAGAGGUGGAGCUCAGUGAGCACUCUGGUCAAAUGACUUCGACAGUGGCCAAUGAGGAGCUGCUUAUUACAGAGUCUCCGCAAACAGAGGAGGCAGGAGAGCGAUCUGGACAUGUUCAUAUCCAGAAAGGGGAACGGGGCGAUCGUGGACCACCUGGGCCACCUGGACCUCCUGGUCCUCCAGGAUCUCGCCUUGUACACAAAAAGGAGCGAGUAACACCUGGACCACAAGGGCCACCAGGAACUCCUGGAACCCCUGGUAAACCAGGGAGAGAUGGACAGAAGGGAAGCAAAGGUGAAAAAGGAGGACUGGGUCAAAAAGGACAACAGGGAUUUCCAGGCUUGAGUGGAGAAGCUGGAACUAAAGGGGAAAAGGGAGACCCAGGAGUUGGUUUGCCGGGCCCCCCUGGUCUUCCUGGACCUCCAGGACCUCCCAGAUCCCGCAGUGUACCUUAUGGAGCAGAUGCCCUUGGAUCUGGCUUUGAGGAUCUGGACACUGAUACUAUUUAUAUCAAGGGUCCAGCCGGUCCACCAGGGCCUCCAGGACCACCUGGUCCUCCUGCACCUCUAUUAACAUCAGAACUUGUACCUGGUCACACUGGACCACCUGGUCCCCCUGGCAUUGAUGGACUCCCAGGCAAACAGGGAUUACCAAUAUUUGAGGAUGAGUUAAGUGGUUCUGGGCCUUUUGGUUCAGGUUUGAAAUCAGAGCUUACACCAGUUCUCAGUACAAAACUUGGUUCUGGUUCCAGCUAUGAUCUUAGUUCUCCCUCCAGUGUUGGUUCGGGUUCUGGGCUUGAGUCUGCCUGUGGUUCAGGCGAGGGACCUGUAGGGGAAAAUGGCUUUCCUGGUCCAGCUGGAGCCGUUGGAGAGAAGGGUGACCAAGGGAUGCCUGGACCAACUGGACCAAAGGGUGAAAGUGGAGAUGUAGGCCCCCCAGGGCCUCCAGGGCCCCGAGGGUUCACUGGUCGACCAGGAAGGAGAGGCCCAGCAGGUCCAGCAGGACCCCCUGGGCCACCUGGCCCUCCAGGAACCACUGCCAUUGGAGAGGAUAUUGAAGGAUCAGGAAAGAAUGACUUGUUAAUAAGGACGGGAGUAAGAGGACCACAGGGCCCCCCUGGCGUACCAGGGCCACCUGGACUACCGGGUUUGGAUGGACCCCCCGGAGCUGAUGGACGUUCUAUCAAGGGUGAACAGGGGGAACCAGGACCAAUUGGUCUUCAGGGCCUGGCGGGAUUACCAGGCGCUAGAGGGCCCAAAGGAGAUAAAGGCAGUCCUGGACCAAAGGGCGAUCAGGGUUUGGAUGGACGCAGUAUCACGGGACCACCUGGGCCUCCUGGACCUCCUGGACCUGUUGUAAAUCUGCAAGAUCUGCUGCUGAAUACUACAGAUGGGAUAUUAAACUUCACACAGAUCAGAGGACCCCCAGGGCCCAUGGUGGGUGUUUUUUUAGCAAGAGAUAUAAAAAAGGGCCCUGAGGGUUUACCUGGCAAAGCUGGAUUUCCAGGCCCUAGAGGACCAAAAGGAGACAAAGGCCCUCAAGGUAUUCAGGGAGACCCAGGUCAGAAGGGAGAAAAAGGAGAACCUGGUGUAACAAUUGCUGCUGAUGGAUCUAUUUUGUCGGCACCAAGAGGCCCUCAGGGGCCAAAAGGCCCAAAGGGUGACCGUGGUUUGCCAGGAUCUCCUGGAUUUGUGGGACCAAUAGGACCUCCUGGUCAAAAAGGGGAAUACGGUUUCCCUGGACGCCCAGGACGACCUGGUAUGCAAGGGAGAAAAGGUGACCGAGGAGAGUCUGUUGGCCUGCCGGGGCCUCCAGGUCCUCCAGGUCCUCCAGGUCCACCUGGAAGAAUUCUCGGACUCAAUGGAACAGUGUUCCCGGUGCGCCCCAGACCGCACUGCAAACUGGGUCGAGACUCAUUGACAAAGAGAGACUCAGUGGGACCUAAAGGAGACAAAGGAGAUGAAGGGAUGCCUGGUGAGCCAGGAACACUUGCCCCUGCACUACCAGACGGAAUAGUGGGAGCUAAAGGAGAUCAUGGAUCCAAAGGGGAAAAAGGAGAAAAGGGCGACGAAGGUCUGCCUGGUCCUCCAGGAUUCCCAGGAAAAUCUGGGCUUGUGGGUCCAAAGGGGGAGUCCAUUGUAGGCCCCCCAGGUCCAGCAGGUUCUCCCGGUCAACCUGGACCUCCUGGGCUUGGAAGACCUGGACCCCGAGGCCCGCCUGGCCCAGCUGGGCCACCUGGACCGGCCCCUCCUUAUGGAUUAGAUGUCACUGUCCCUGGUCCUCCUGGUCCUCCCGGUCCACCAGGAUCCCCAGGUUAUGCAAACCCGGUGAUGACUUUCAAGACAGUCCAAGCUCUCACCAGAGAGAUGCAGCGAGCAGCUGAGGGAACAUUGGCAUACGUCUCACAGAAGGGAGGAGAGCUAUACGUCCGAGCACGCAACGGGUGGCGCAAAAUACCGCUGGGGGAGCUGAUCCCUAAGGAAGCUUCUUCACCAGAAGCAUCGCAAGCUCUGAGCAGAGCAGGAGAUUGGAGCAGACUGCAAGGAGUUCACAGCCAGGAAUUACAGGAGGGGAGUAGGGGAUAUCAACCCAGCUACAUUUUGCCACAGACCUUUGAGGCCAUACCUGGACUCCAUUUAGUGGCCCUGAACUCGCCUCUCAAAGGGGACAUGCGUGGCAUCCGUGGUGCAGACUUCCAGUGCCACCAGCAAGCACGCUCCAGGGGACUUACCUCUACCUACAGGGCUUUCCUCUCCUCACACCUCCAGGACUUGGCAACAAUUGUAAAGAAAGCUGACCGCAACGACCUUCCUGUGGUUAAUUUGAGAGGUGAAGUAUUAUUUACAAGCUGGAACUCCAUCUUCUCUGGGAAUGGAGGAGUGUUUAAUCCAUCAACACCUAUCUAUUCUUUUGAUGGACGCAAUAUAAUGACCGAUCCUGCGUGGCCGGAGAAGCAGGUGUGGCAUGGCUCGACCACGGUUGGCAUCCGGCUGACCACCAACUACUGCGAGGCGUGGAGGACAGGCGACAUGGCGGUGACGGGCCAGGCUGCACUCCUGCAGACGGGACGGCUUUUAGGACAACACCCACGCUCCUGCUCCAACAGCUACAUAGUGCUGUGUAUAGAGAACACAUAUGUGGGAAACACACAUGAAAGGAGAACCUGAGGAAGCACACAGAUUAUUAUACAUGCAGGCAUGUUGAAAGUGGAAAAUAUGCUUAGGGGAACAAAUUUAGGCACAUGAAACACAUUUAGAUACACUUUUUGUUUUUAGUUCCCACAUAAAAUCUGGUGGAAGACAGCAGCUCCCCAAGUCCGUCCAUUUCUAGAUUAACUAUUUUUUCUAGUCUCAGACAGAAAUAUAAAAAUAGUCAGUGUUUGAGAGCUGCUGUCUUCUCACCAUUUCUGGUGCUAAUGAUCUAAUUAGACACAAUUUCAUUUUUUGGGACCUUCCUCUCUUCAAAACAGGAAAGACAGAAGAACAUACUAUUUUACUAAAACACGUGUUGAUCUUUAUGGGCAAGGAAAUAAAGUGGAUACUCAGCUAAACCUUCCAAUAUCUACAGCCAGAGGAAAAUAUAUAUAAAAUUUUUAAAGACUUGCAAUUGGGGGACCAUAAUAGCCUAUGGCCGAUAUAUGCCAACUAGGUUUACAACUAGGUUUUAUUUAUAUAUAUUUGAUCCCUUUGGCCACUAUAACCCAUGUUAGUUCCCCUGGAAUGAAACCAGAGUAACCAGACUGUGAUUGUCUUUUAUUUAUACAGUGGUAUGCCCAAGUACAGUAGAUAAACAAAGCAAUUACCUGUUCACAUGUUGCCGUAAAGUUGGUACUCAUACACACACACACACAUUCAUAUAUGAAUAUAUAUAUAUAUAUGAAUAUAUAUAUAUAUAUAUAUAUAUAUAUAUAUAUUAAUGGGAAAUCAGAGUUGUUUUCUUUUGCUAGAUAAAUUAAAUAUGCCUUUAAAACGAGAAAUUGACAAAAACAAAGAAAUUCUAAGUUCUUCCCAUGACUGUUGGUUACUGUUCAUUUGUUUGUGUUUUUUUUUGUAAUACUAUAGAGGUAGUUUUUUUGUUUGAAGCACACUAAAUGAUAACUUCCUCUCACCAAGCUUUGAUUGAAAUGUUCUGCCUGUAAACUUGAGUGUUAGUUUUUCAGCUGUCUGAUUUUAUGUUGCGUUUAAACAAAAACUUGACUCUCUUGAACUUACCUACUGGUGCUCACUAAAUAAAGUGUCUGUUUUUUCCUUGUUUUUU